UUAUAAGUUAAAAUUUUCGUUGUCAAUGCAGGUGAGGAAAUGUUCUAUUUGAGCACUGAUUCUAUAGACUCUUCAGACAGGUUUUCAAAGAAUGACCAAGCUCUUACUCCAGAUUUUCUGAACAAAAUCAAGGCAUCGGGUUUACCUAACCAUAGUCUCAGAUUGAAGAUAGGGUGUCCUGUGAUGUUGCUUAGAAACAUUGAUCCUAUAGGGGGACUAAUGAACGGUACUAGACUCCAAAUUACAGAAAUGUAUGACUUCAUGAUACAGGCUAAAGUCAUUACAUGGGAAAAGGUCGGUUACACUGUUUUUCUUCCUAGACUCUCAAUAACACCUUCAGAUAAAAAACUGCCGUUCAAGAUGAGGAGGAGGCAACUACCUAUUGCUGUGACAUUUGCUAUAGCAAUCAAUAAAAGCCAAGGUCAAUCACUUUCGGAGGUUGGUUUGUUUCUACCGAGACCUGUUUUCUCUCAUGGGCAACUAUAUGUGGCUAUUUCUAGAGUGACUUCUAAAAAAGGACUGAAGAUUUUGAUUGUCGACGCUGAAGGCAAGCCUCAACGUCAAACAAUGAAUGUGGUAUUCAAAGAGAUAUUCGCGAAUCUUUGAUUUUCGUUUUGCAUUUGUUUCUCAGGACAAGUUAUACUACUUCCAAUUUGAUACUGCUUUUUAUUUACUUUUAAGCAAUACAAUUUGUUUCAAACAAGUUUUUUACAAUAAGGAUAUUGUAGGAAUUUGAACAAUUCAAACAGUCCAUCAAACAGACAAAAAAAACACCACACUUCAAUCCACAUUCAUCAAACAAUCUCCGGUUUUUAUCCUAGCUACCAGUAUCAGUUCGCAAUCUAAUCUAUACAAUUUGAACCUCCUAAAAUGCACUUACUUAUUGGUUCGUAUUGCUUUGGCAUUAUGUAUUUGUCCCAUGGUCCUUCAACUUAAUUAAUCUGUGUCUUCAAACUUUUAAUUGCAUGACCAGGUCAAGAAUUGUAACACUUUUUAGUCAACGGACUCAAAUAUAAAACACCUAAAGUUUCUCAUCUAUGUCCCAUGUCAAUAAAUCUGUAACUAAUCAAGCUAUAUUUAUAUGUAAGUUACACUUUUAUAUUAAUGUAAAAGAAGAAAAAGUAUCAGGAAGUAACUUAUCUUUGAAUUUAAACUAAUGUUGUUGUCCAUAGACGAAUGACAUCUCUAUGAUAGUUGUGAUCGGAAUAUUUCAUUUUCUCCGAGAGUACA